AUGGCUUGGAUGCCGAUUGACCAGCAGGCCACCACACCCACCAGGAAGGGCGUCUCAUCGCAGAUCGUUGCUGUGGACGAUGAAGUCGCUGAAGAAGCUGCGGUAGAUGAUGUUGCCUUUGAAGAUAUCUCUGUGGAGAAAAUCCUUGUAGGCAGGACCGUCGUACCACUUGUGGUGACAGAGGGCAUAGUGGCAGGAGAUGUUGGCGUGAGAGAUGUGGUAGUGGACAGCGUCGUCGCAGAAGGUCUAGUUGUAAGAGCUGCUGUCGUAGAGGAUGUGCUUCUUGGCAACGGCGACGUAGAAACACAAGCGGUUGCUGCGGUUGCUGAGGACUUGCUGGUAGAGGAUGGCGACUGGGACAACAUUGUCGUGGCAGGUGAUGUCAACGGGGCGGUUGUAAAGGAGGCCACGACGCAAGGUGUAGUCCUGGAGGAUGUCGAUGUAAAAGGUGUGGUCGCACCGGUUGAGCUCGCACAAGUUGGUGCUGUGCAGAAUUUCGCUGCGGAAGAUGUUCGGGCACAAAGCGUGCUUGAAGAGGAGGACAACAUGCAAUAUGUCGUUGUUUCGGAUAUCGUUGGACACGCUGUGGCGGCAAAGCAUGUGCUCACCCUCAUUGGCACAGUGCAGGAUGCAAUCGUGGAAGAUGCCGAAGAUGGGGUAGUAGAUAAGGAUGGCGUCGUGAAGGAUGUGGCUGAGGAGAUGCCGCUGGUAGACGAUGUAGUCGUCAAAGCUGUGCUCUCCCAAGAUGGUGCCGUACACGAUGUAGCCGUCGAACAUGUUGGACAAGAUGGUGUGGUCGUAGUUGAUGGGGCGAAGCUGUCAAAAUCAGUUGCUGCCGGUGGAGAUGUUGAUGUUGAUCCUGCGGUAGUCGGUGAUGUUGAUGUAGAAGAUGUGUUCGUCGAACCUGAUGAUGUCGAGGUCGUGGUAGCCGGUGAUGUUGGCGUAGAAGAUGCGCUCGGCAAAAACGACAAUGUCCAGGAUGCAGUAGUCCAUGGUGUGGAUGUAAACGAUGUGGCUAUCAACAAAGGUGAUGUAGGGGAUGAGGUAGCCGACGUUGUUGAUGUAGAAGGUGUGGUCGGCGAACACGUUGAUGUAGAGGACGUCGUAGUCGAUAAUGUUGCUGUAUAUCGCGUGGCCGUCAGCAAUGUUGGUGUAGAGAACGUGCCUAUCAACAAUAGUGAUGUAGAGGAAGUGGUAGCCGACGCUGUUGAUGUAGAAGAUGUGGUCGGCGAACACGUUGAGGUAGAGGACGUCGUAGUCGAUAAUGUUGUUGUAGAGCGCGUGGCCGUCAGCCAUGUUGAUGUAGAGGACGUCGUAGUCGAUAAUGUUGUUGUAGAGCGCGUGGCCGUCAGCGAUGUUGAUGUAAAGGACGCGUUAGAUGACCAUGUUGAUGAAGAGGACGUGGUAGUCGAUAAUGUUAUUGUAGAAGGUGCGGUCAUCAGCGAUGUUGGUGUAGAGGAUAUGCUCCGCAAUGAUGUUGAGGUAGAAGAUGUGGCCAUCGAGAAGGAUGUGGUAGCCGACGCUGUUGAUGCAGAAGAUGCCGUCGGCGAAGACGUUGAUGUAGAGGACGUGGUAGUCGAUACGGAUGUAUCACGUGUCGUCGUCAGCAUUUUUGAUGAAGAGGACGUGGUAGUCGAUACUGUUGUUGCAGAAGGUGCGGGCAUCAGCAAUGUUGGUGUAGAGGAUAUGGUCCGCAAUGAUGUUGAUGUAGAAGAUGUGGCGACCGAAGAUGUUGCUGCAGAUGUAGCGCAGGUUGGCGUGCACAACAUAGUCGUACAGACAGCGGUUGCACAAGAUGUCGCCGUAGAAGUUGCAGCUGCAAUAGAUAUUGUCAUGGAGCAUGUCGCUGUAGAAAAUAACGUCAAUGAGAAUGCCUCUGCGGAUGGCGUUGUCGUGUUCGAUGCAGGUGUAAAGGGUGAUGCAAUGCUGGUGGCGGGCUUACCGAAGGUGGAAGUCGAUAGAGCUGUGGUUGAUGUAGGAAUUGAAGAUGUUGUCGAGCAGGACUGGACAGACGAAGCGAACAGAGACAGCGAUGAACCAAAAGAGGAUGCACACCGUGGCGUAGAGUCGGACGAUGAAGAUGUCAAAAGAGUGCGCGACGGCACUGAACAACAGGAAGAUCUCCGCCGCAGUGCACAAUCUGACGACGAAGAUGGCAAAGCAAUGCACGACGGCACUGGACAACAAGAAGAUCCCGGUCGCAGCGCACAAUCUGACGACGAGGAUGACACCGUGGCGGGCUGCUGCACAACACCACAUGAAGCGCACGACGGCGCUGCACCACUGGAACUCCACCUCAUAGCACGGCUUAGAAGCGAAGAGGACGAACAAGGAGCAUAG